AUGCUCGCCAGGCAGUCGCCAGCAGGGCUGUUCGCUAACUUUCAAGCACGCCGCUGGGGGAUGCCAUUGCCUUUCGCAGCUUCAUCUCCUGUGCGUGCUGAUGUUGGCUGGCCCUGGCGAAUGGACUGGGGCGGCCACGACCCAGCCAGCCCUAUUGCCGAGAUGCACAUCAACUACCACAACACGGCCUGGGGAGUCAUGAUCUUCGUGUGCACACCUGUCGUCUACCUCCUGUGUAAGCGCUGA